AUAGCGACCCGCCAAAUUCUAAAGCUAAUGAAGUGCAGUUAGGCUACUGCUCGGUGUUAGAGGCCGAAAACUCUUGAAUUUGUUUUGUUGUUGUUAAAAUCGGGUAAUGAUAUUUAUUCAAGAAAUUAGAUUAGAUUUGACUAGCUCAUCUCAACUUUUAUUUGCAUUGAUAUUCAUGAUAAAAUUUUAGUCUUGGUUUGGGUAGCGUCAACGUCAAUAGUUAAAAACAAGCUAGGUGUGUUUGGAUUAGCGGAUUCGUUAUGUUUACAUCUUGUUAGUGUUCAUAGUACUUAACAAAAUAACGAUGUGGAGCGACGUUGAGCUGUUGAUAAACGAGGACACAAACAUCGUCCGUUAUGACGGUGUGUCAAGGGAGGACAGUGGUAGCGGCUUGUACCAAGUGGACACACUCGUCAGAAUCUCAUCCUCUAAUAAGACACAGACAGACCCCCGGCUCUCAUCUUCAAGUGGUCCAAAUUGGAGUAUCAUUGUUGUUGACAACACAGUGAUCCUGUUUGAUCAGAGCUACCAGACGAUCCUUUUGCUUCUCCACUUUGAUACGGAUGUGGAUACCAUUGAUGUUUGUCUGGAAAGAAAGUUUUUGGUGGUCUGUGAAAGAAAUGGAAAUCUUCAUUUAAUAUAUGUUCCACACAAGAAAAUCCUCCUCACUAGAGCAUUGGUUGAGAAACCAUCCAGUGGAGAUAAGAAAACCUACCGCUAUCUCAUCAUAAAUGAGGACAAGUCAUCCUCAGGGACAUACCAUGUGUUUCUUCUUAUUAAGAAUGGCUUUUUCCACAUCACAAAUCUUUCACUGGCAAAGAUUGAAGCAGCUAUUGAAAGAAUGGAUGUUGAAGCUCUGAAAGAGAUCCAGAGUCUCAUAAAGAUAAACUUUUGCUCAACUGAGGAUUAUCAUGAUGAAGGUUGCAGCACGGCAGUGAUGUUCAAUUUAGGUCAUGAAAUUCACCUAAUGAUUGGGGGAGGUAAAGAACAUGUCUUGACUCAUUGGAAGAUGGAUCCUCUUCAGGGCAGGAUGUGCUUUUCCCAGUCAGUAAACAGCAGCUUAAUCCCAGGCGUGAGGAGGAUGGAGGUGGUAGAAAAUCUCCUUUACAUUCUCGACACUGAGGACGUCUUGAGUGUUUGGGAUCUGCACAUCCUUGUUCUGGUUCAUAGUUGGCCAGAUCUGGCGAUUCAAGACUUCGAACUGACAUCAGAGUGUGGCCAAGACAAGGGUGGCAUGAGGAUGAUUACACUGACAAAGAAAGACAGCAGUCAGAUCAGCUCACUGCAGAUAAGAAAUCUGCCCUCUAUGACUGUUUGCUACUCUCUGGAUGUCUCUUCAGUCUCUUGUCUUGUUCAAACAAAAACAAACGUGGACUCCAUUUUUGUGGUUGAAGGGAUUUAUGAGGACCAAGAAAAUCGGGCAGAGCCAGUAGCUGCCGUCGUUGUUAAAUGUUUCACAGAGGCUUUGCCAGAGAACAGACUUAGCCGACUCCUUCACAAACACAUGUUUGAAGAGGCUGAGAAGUUCGCCAUCGCAUUUCAGCUGGAUUUAGAGCUUGUCUAUAAGGUGAAGCUUGACUUUGUGCUGGAGCAGCUGGACUCAGCAUCAGUGCACGGCUCUGGACAGGAUGUGUGGUCUAAGCUUGUCGAUGAGGCCAAAACCAACCUGAUGAAAAUCACAGAUGAGCAGUACGUGGUCGACUAUUGUCUCAAGGCUCCUUGGCCGACCAUCGAAACCACAGAAAAGAUGUUAAACCACGCUGCUACCCGAUAUUCCUCCCUACAAAUCCAGGAGGCCCUUGCCAGGCUGGCAACCUUUUGCUGCCUGCAUGGCUUGGAAAACUUCAAUGGCAAUGCUUGGAUUGAGUUUCUGCAUAGCACUGACCAUCUCAGGAACAUUCUGACACAUCUGAGAGAGGGAGACAUGAAGGGGGCACAGCUGCUUUGGCUCAGAUAUGAGGGCCAGAUCACUUUGGACUUUGAUGAGACAAAUCUUGAAGCCCUUCUCUCUGCCAUCCCAGAGGACCUGUCAUCUCAAGACCUCAGUCCAUGGUUAAGGACUGUUUUGGUUCCUUUUGUGAGGAAAGUCCUCCCUAGAGGACAGAAAAUUCUAGCAAAAUGGCUUGAGCAGAAGGCAAGAAACCUGGAGCUGACUGAAAAGGGUUCUUGGCCACAAAACGGACUGGAUUUGGCCGUUCUUGGAUUACCCUCUUUGUGGACGUGGAAGAAAUCUCUUGAUGAAGAUUAUGGUUCGGAUGAGGUGGAGAACCUCAGAUCCCUGGUGUCCAACCUCCGCCAGCUGCUGGACCUUCACCAGAAAUACAGCUGCAAACUUUCACUGUCGGUCCUGGAGAAGGGGACUGUUUGGAGUGUUGUGUUCUACAUGCUCGACAAAGUUCCCGCUCCAGAACUGAUAGCAGCCACCGUGGAAAACAGCGUUCUGCCGUACGCUUUAGAACACCAACUUCCUUUUGAUGAGCUUCUGCUACGAUAUAUCAAGGAUCUUCUGGAGCGCUGCAGUUCUCAGACGACAACGCUUUUCACAGAAUGGGAAGCAAAAGCCGUGGCUGUUCUCGGCUGCAUGAAUGACUCUGAUCUGAAGGUGGAUGCUGUGCUGGAGAUCAUGCAGAAAGCUGUGGUUCCCUGGAGUAAUGUGGUGGAGAAACUUGUUCAGCAGUACUUGGAGAUGGAUGGACCAAAACAAGAGCUUUUAAAAGAGAGCUACAGGCUGAUGGAGAUAAGGAAACUUCUCAGGGGUUAUGGCAUUCGCAACUUCAAUCUCUCUAACUCUACUCAAGUCAUGACGCUGAUAAGAUACAUCCUGAAGCAAGACUUACCGAUGUCUCUGGACGACUCCCUGACUUUAGCUGACGCUUACAAACUACCAACAUCACAGAUAAAUUACCUUUAUCUCAUCCAACUGAUAGGCCAACACAAGACUGAGGAGGUUUUGAGUGUCUUAAAGCGAUUGUCAUCUCCAGAGGCAGAGUGUGUCAUUGAGCAUCUGACAUCGUGGGCACAGCUGCAGUUGGAGGACAAAGCGCACAUUUCUGAUGAGCACAAGAAACACCAGAUGGUUGUAGCUCAAGUGAUGGUGGAGGCGCUGAAAUACUUGCAUGUAAUACAAAAACAAGAUGCUCUUAAGUGCAUGGAGUGCGAGAACAACCUCAUCAUGUUUAAAGCGAUCUCCCACCUUCAAGAGGACUUUGACGUUUUCUUCACACCUACCAACUUUGAAGAUCCGAAAAUUAGAAAACAAAUCCAAGAGCGCCAUAUUACUGCAUAUGAAAACACUCGAUCCCGACACUCUUCCAAGCAGAAGACUGUGACAACUCCCGUUGUGGCUAAUGAUCCGGACGGAAAGACAAAGACUAUUUCCACAGAGGCCGGCUUACGCCGACUGGGGAGACAACUUCAACGCACAGAGCAGGAGCUCUGGUCGGAUCUGGGUCUGCGGGCUCUGAAAGUGGGAAAGGUGGACAAGGCGCUCAAGAUCUUCAGCGAGCUGUAUGAACAUCACUGCAACAGCAGCACCGGGAAGGUUUUGUUCACCGCCGCAAGGAUGCUGUGUCAGAUGCUGGAGGCAGAUGUUCCCAUGGUGAUUCCAAAGGAUAUGGACCUACCAGCAGUUAUUCAUGACCUCGCCUGUCAGGCCAUCAGCGUGUGUCACUCUGAUUUGCUCCUGGACUGUUUGGAGCUUUGCAAAGGCACACGGACAGCAAUGGAUGUGUACCAGCAGUGCCAGUUAUCUGAUAACUACGGCUUCAUAGCCAAGGAUUUCUCUGUGGAAGCUGGAAAAGAUCACCAUUCUCAGUGGACGUUUCAAGAUGUUUUCAGUGAGGACUGCAUUGUUCUGGAUCCAUUGUCGGUUCUGCCUGUGCAGUAUGAAAUUACCAACUGUCUUCUCCCUCUAUCUCAGGAUGCUAAACUGUACCCGCUGGACUGUUCCUGUCUGUCCCAUUGUUCAUUUGCUGACGGUUCAAACUACUUGCGGGUGCUCCUCGGGCCCCUUUCCAACAUGCUACAGAUGCUGCAGGAGUGUAGUCAGCUGGAAUUAGCCCUCAGAGUUCUUGUUAACUCAUAUGGCAGCUGCCUGCAGCAUGUCACCUCCAACAUCAUGGACAUAAACCUAAGUGUGCAGCUUUACGAUCCUCAGGACCUUAAGAAGUACAGCUUGUGUUUAAACAACUUCCAAAAGACGACAACUUCCACUCUAAAUUCCGUGGCUGUAGCUCUGUUAAACAAGGUGUUCAAUUGGAGGGUGGUCGAUUGUGAUUUGGCUAUAGGCCUCUGCACACUCCUCACCAGAGCAGAAGUUUUCAAAACUCUGUGGAAAGUCAUCGACAACACUUGGCAAAACUAUGACAAGAUUUUGGCUGUUGCAAAGAUUGGAGCCAAUCUCAGCUGCUUGUACAAGGAACCAGAGGAACUGAAGAAGUUUCUCUCUGUCAUCACUGAUGCUGAAUGGGGCAUUAAGCUUGGCAAAUUAGAGAUAUCUAUUCAGCCAGUAUUCCGCCAGCAACCAGAGAUGAAGAGUAAUUUGAUCCCUGUUUUGGUGAAGAACAAAAAGAUCACCCCAGAUGUCAUCCUCCAGUACUGCAGCACCUUUGGUUUGGAUCGUGACCAUGUGAUCAACCAGUACAUUACCACCUUACUGCUGCUCCAAGAGGAUGAAGACAAUAUGGAAGCCCUAGCUUCAGGGCUUGAAGAGGAGGUGCAGUCUUUGUGUCACGCUGACGCUCUGGAGCGAGUCCUGCAGAUUAUCCCGAUGUUGCACAGCACCAGCGAGCUGACUGGCAACCUCUGUGCUGCCAUGUUUAAGCUCAGCCCUUACAACUACGAGAGGAUAGAAGUGGUCCUAAAAAUCAUCCAGGCUGCAGAUGAGAAUGUGGCCACCUUCUCCGUUAGCCAGGCAAUGGGUCUCCUUCAGCACCUUAAGUCCUACAAAAGGGUCUCUCCUCCAGCAGAUGUGGAGAACACGCAUCUGCUUGAAAACGGCUUGCUGCCGAACCCCCUCUCCAACAGCAGACUGCCUUUCCAUUUGCUGCUGCAGUCCAAACAUUACUGGAAAAUUAUCUCUCCUGAGCUAAGUGAGGAGACUUUCCCUACACUACUUCUUAUUAGCAAACUUAUGAAGGUGAGCCUCGACAAGUUAUACAUGUCAGCAGCAAACCAUGUGUUUGAGAAAAAGAUUAAACCUUUACUCCUGGAGAAAAAGAAAAUGGGUCACAGCUAUGCCUACAACGAGCAAACCUUUAAAGUGGCCAAGACCAUGAUGAUGUACAUCCAGUGCAUCCAGAGCCCGGAGUGGGCAGCUGCUACAGCCCACAAGAUAACACAGGAGCUUCCACCAGGUUAUGAGAAAACACAAUCUCUGAGGUUCUGUUUGGUUCUUGGUGAUGCAUGGCUCCGGGACCCAAACUUAGAGGAGGCUGCAAGAGCCAGAGGAGAGACCUUUCUGUCCAAGCUGAAGCUGCAGUUUCAGCGCUCUGCCACUGAGAAUGUGCUGAUGACUAGCCAGCUGAGCAACCCUGAAAACCUGAAACUGACUGGGCUUCCAGGCAGGCUUGUUGUGGCCUUGUACGAACACAACAGCGUGGAGCAGCGUUAUAAGGAGACGGGGGUUCAGAAUUACCCAGACAUACAUGCUGCAGUCAAAGAAAUAUCCACAAUCAACAAUGUGGAUCUCAAAAAAAUCCGCAACAUGCUUUUAGAGAAAUGGAUCUGCAAGACGGGUCCAGCAAUGACCAGGGAAAUGGGAAUUCAAGACUGCGUCACCAACAUUGAUGAGGACCCGGACUUAAUGAGGGUUGUCUACAUGCUGCAGUCUUUCUCCAUGGAGGACGCAUUCCAUAUUUUAAGCCCUAUCUUGUCUGCUGAAACUUGGCCCUUCAGCACAUCCGGACCUCGCCUGACCUUCUGCCACCGGACCCGGGCGCUGCUUUGUCUCGUCCGCCUUGUCGAUGCAGCGAUGCUGGAGGCUCAGCUGCAGAUCCCCCGGACCAAGCUUCUAAAUUACCUGAAAUGCUACAUCUUUGUGUCUCAACUGGAAGCUUUGAACAUCCCGUACACAGUCCAGUCCUUUCUCAAUAGUCCCAAAGAAGGCUUGGUGAAAGGUCUGUGGAAGAACCACAGUCACGAGCCACAGGCUGUGCGUCUCGUGGCCGACCUGUGUUUGGAGUACCAGGUGUAUGAUCCUCAGCUGUGGAACAGUCUGCUUCAGAAGCUCCUGGGCUUCAACUUGAUCAGUCAUCUUCAGAAAGUCCUUGAAGCAAUUGUGUCUGUUCCAGCUCUGUGGGAGAUUCCAAGUUUCUGUAGGACUUGGAGGAGUAUCAUUCUGGCACCUUUUGUCUCAGCCUCAGUUCCUCUAAGUCCAGAACAACAAGCAACUCUCUACAGGACUUUUGUUCUUCUACUCAAGUGCCCUUUCCUGUUGAAUUUGGACUUGAUUGGAAUUGCAAACCGAUUUGCGCAGUUCAACCUCCCCGCCUUUGCCCUGGGAACUCUCCUCCUAAUUCCCUGUGCCAGCAAAAAGGAACAGCAGAUUCAAGGCUUUCUGUCUUUGUGUAACCCAGUGACAGUCCUGGAGCAGGUGGAAGAACUCAUGAACACUGGCGAAUUGGCUGGAAUCCCUUCACAGAUCAGGGAGACUGUGCUAACAUUCAUCAGCCAGAACGGCCAGCACCAGAAGCUAAUGAAGACCAAGCACUUCGAUCAUCUGAAAAAGCUUAUUUUCUCACGAGGCCAAACUGAGCAGGUGAAGGAUUUAGUCGAUUACUUGACCAGCCAGAAUUGUGAGGAUGACGCCGACCUGCUCGCCCACGAAUACUCGAAGCAUCGCGAGAAUCAACAAGGAAGAUCUCUAAAAAGUGAAAUAAAUGGCUGCAUGAAGGAAUAUCUUCACUUGCAAAAUGGAGUGUCUGGAUAAAGCAACAGUCUCUCCAGUUGGUUUAUGCACUCUUACUUAGGCAGAAAUGCUAUAUUUAUACCAUUUAUCUUUGAUUUGUUAAAGAAAUGUUGAAAUAAAUCAAUUUUCAUAUUAAA